AUGAAGAAAAUAGAGCUCCCGCAGAUUCCGGGUACGGUUGUGCCCGAGUACGUCCAGAUGAUCGCCGGUGGAAAUCUUCCAAAACACAGGGCUGUUACUGCAAGCCAACCGAAGCUGAGAAACAUUCAGGAAGAACUGCUGGCGCUGACAGUAAGCGACGCCCAGUUGAUUGAAAAAUACGUCUCGUUGUACCAGCAAAUCCGCGCUUUGAAGGAAGAAACGCAAAGUUACAAUGAUCAGAGCGAUAAGAUCGUCCGGAGCGAAGAAGAAAAGAAGAAAUAUGCAGUUCGUCGUACUGAAGUGCCAGUAAUGCGUGCCAGCCGGGAGAGCAGCCGCCGCUCGCUGGGCGCUGACGACUCGCUGGACUCUUCCGUUGGCAGCGAGCCAGAGCGGAGUCUGAGCCAACGCUCGACGAUGCUGUCCCUUCCCGCCAAGUUCAUGGUUCCGCCACCGACGCUUCCCUUCGGUCUCAACUCGCUCAGUUCCGCGGCGGCGUUGACGACGCGCAACAACUCGGUCAACUCGAUCCAGUCGUCCUCCAACUCCUCCACCCUGUCAUCAACAGAUAAGCCAAUGCGCGAAAGUACCCCCGACGAGUUUGACGACAUCGCGAUGCCACAAGAAGGCGAACUUUCCAACCUCGAUGUGGACUGGUUCAUGACGUAUGAUUGCACCCUUUCCAGGCCAGAAAAAUCAAGCGCGUGA